GACGGACGGCUUGGGCUCGGGGCACCCUGCCGUGACCAGCCCACGCCCCAGCGCGUAGUGCUACCAGAGACAGUGGUCCAGGUGGCCGCCGGGUGGAGCCACUCGCUCGCCUUGGCCGCGAGCGGCAAGGUGCUAUGUUGGGGCUCGUCUGGCUUCAACCAGAUGGGGUGCCUCUACGAAGAGGAGGAUGCAGCUGGGACUGAGGAGGAAGCGGCGCGGUCGCAGCAGCAGUUGGUGAAGCGCAGGCUGGUUCCUGCGCCCAUGGCAGGGCUCCAUAGCUCGAUCGUGGUGACGUGCAUCGCUGCGGGCAUGCGCCAUUCCGCUCUCGUCACACAGGAGGGACACCUGCUGACGUUGGGGCAUGGCAAGUUCGGAGAGCUCGGACAUGGCGACCUGGCCACGCGUUCCACUCCGACCCUGGUCGCCCAUUUGGCUGAAUCGCGCCUACGCGUAGCGCAGGUGGCGUGCGGGCAAAAGCACACCGUGUGCCUUACAGCAGGCGGCGUGCCGCCGACCAGCAGCAGCAAGCCGAAGCCGCGGAUGAUCAUCAGGGGCACGCGGCACAGGCGAGGCGAGACGUGCCACUCCACCCCGCAACCGGUCGAUGUCCCGGCCAACAAGGUCAGCAAAAUCGUGUGCGGCUGGAGCUUCACACUGAUCGUCGCAGAUGAUGGGAGCAGCCUCUUCGGGUUGGGAAGGAACAACUACGGGCAGCUGGGCCUGGGCGACACGACGGACCGACCACGACCGACGCGCAUUCCCUCUGAAGCGUGGAACGACGCCCCCAUCGACAAGAUCGUGUGCGGAUGUGAACACACGCUCCUGCUGGCCGGCGGGCAGCUGUUCAGCUGGGGAUGGAACGAGCAUGGCAACCUCGGCGUCGCCUGGGAUUGA